AUUUUGAUAAUGUGUCCCUUGACACAGCAUCUCUCCGCAUUCCUUUCUCACUCUUCACUAUUGAUUACGAUCUCUCCACCUCGACGACCAGUUUCACUUCGUGCUCGCAUUCGCCUUCUAGGGAUCACUCCUCGCAUUCUCUCAUUCUCAGUCUCGCAUUCUUUUCAGACUCUUGCAUACAAAAUCGCAUCCAUUCAAGGUUGUUCUUGCACUGAGUGUCAUGAAGCUUCAAGAUUGGGAACAACUUGGAAGGAAGUUAAAGAGGAAGUUGCAAGUCAUUACCUAGGUCAGGGUGGUAUCGGUCUGGUUUCAACUUAUGUUGCUUAUUCUCCUAAGAUUGCAAGUAGAUACUUGGAUUCUUCAUGCAACUAUUGGCUUAAUUAUAGCACGGUUGUUCUUUCACUUUGCAAGAGAAUGGUAAAAUGAACUAUCCGCAAUUACUUUAGGAGACCAAACUCUAUAAUAUUCUUCAAGGAGGAAGUAGGACAUGAUGAAUCUGGAUGGAAAUCAGAGAGUGCUCUGACAAGGUUUUCCAAAUAUUCACCAUGUGAAUGACAGUUCAAUGGUAUAUUGAAUAUUUCUUUUAUUCCUUUCUUUCCAUUUAGAUGCUUGGUGAUUAAUUUUCCUUUCUGCUUUUCUAGUUUCAUACUCCCCAAUUUUAAGUUUGAGAAAUAGCUUAUGACAUUGGAAUCAUCUAUUAUGCCUUGUGAAAGAUACGUAGUUGUUUCUGUUCACAACUUUUUUUGAUUCACCUAUUAUAAUUAGUCAUUAGCCAUGCUACUCUAGCAUAUUUAAUGCAUAUAUAACCUUAUGAAAUUCAUGGGGAAGGCCAAUUUAUCAAGUUGUCAACAACAAUUAAAUCCAUGCGGAAGGCAAUACACAAUAGAUUUUUUGGUUCAAGAAGCAGCAUGUGGAUUUUUUGGCUGCCCAUGUAAGAGUCAAUCCUUGAUUUUUAUUUAUUCUUUACUCACUUUGAAUUUGAAUAUUUUUUUAUUAUCUCAAACAUUCCCUUUUGAUAUAUAUCCAGUAAAACUAUGGCAGCUUAACGGGGACAUACAAUUAUUAAAUCUAUUUCUUUUGGCAUUUUUGGAAUUUGGAUAUAGAUCUGAAAUUAUUGGUGUUCAAACAAUUAUCAACUUUGCGUAUCCACGUGUUGGUACCAUUUAUAGUCUAUGAUCCCUAUUGGUAGUAACUCUGCUUGAAAUGUUUAGUGUUAUUGACUUCCUUCAGUUUUUUAUCACUUUCCUUCAUUGUUACAUAAGUUACAAUUUAUCAUACAUCAUAGCAUGUUGAUCUUGCUUUAAACAUGUUCUGUUUCUCUCUAUGGAUUCCUGAUUUUAAAAAAAUUAAUGUAAGAAGCUAUGCUUAUCGAGUGGGUCAUACUGCAAGAGCUAGAAGAGAAGGAUAUGCUAUCACUUUUGUGACUGACAAUGACCGAUCACUUUUAAAAGCCAUUGUGAUUAUCAUUUAAAGAGUCGCCGCAUUUUUUCAAGCUUUAUUUUAUAUUUCCUUGCACGGUUUUCCUUAUAAGAUAAAAAAAGGUUGUGCAUGUUGAUUUAGAUGUUGGGUCCCAUUUAUCAUAACAAUGUACUUACUCAGAAGGCCCAAAGAAAAAUGAAAAGAUUUUUCUGAGGUAGCUAAAAAAGGUAGAGUUCAAAAAGGCAAAGCACAGAACAGAAAAUAGAAGUUAAUAUGCCUAGAGAUGGGAGAUUUGUCUCCUCAAAUCCUCCAAACCUAAUCAUUGGAAAAACGUAUCAUCUAUCAUUAUACAAAUAAGGUCCUGGAUGGUCCACGUGUCGUGUUGUGGUUAAUCCACUUUCCCGUCCAAAAAUGUCACAUCCUGCUAUAGUGAAUGGCCUAUAAAAUGAUGUGUUUUCAAUUCUAAGCGUUUCCAAUACGUUUCCUUCUCCCGAUGUGCUUGGGUAACCGAAAUGCCAAGCAUUUAUUGUGGUACGCGUUUUACCAUUUUCAUUUAUUGUUGCACGUAUUUUCCUUCUGUCUUCCUUCAGAAAUCGAAAGUGCCAUUUUCUUUUACCAUUUUUACUUUCUCUCAUUUCUCUCUCCCGAAUUGUUAUCUCCCCCUUCUCUGUUCCUUCUUUCCAUUUUUUCAUUCUCCCUGUUUUUUUACAUCUAAAGCUGUGAUUUUUUACACCAAAAUUAUGAUUUUUAUCUCAUAUUUCAUGACAACGAUAUCGUAUUUGCGUUCCUCUCCAGGUUUGCAUUUCUAUAUCGUGUUCUUGGUGGAAGAACACACCAAAGUUGUCAUUUUUAUCUCAAAACUCUCUGAGUGUAUAUUCGUUUUUUUUGUGACUUCUAACAAUACAAAGGUUGAAAUUUUUUUAUUUUUUUCUGACUUCUCUCAUUACCUUCGUUAUUGUAUGCAGAGAAGGUGAAAGAACACUAAAGCUGCGAUUUUUAUCUCCAAAAAGCUUCGAUUUUUAUCUCAAACAGAUUUGUUUUCUUUGUUUCUCUGUUUAUGUUUUCUUUGUUUCUCACAAUACAAAAGCUUACAUUUUUUUUUAGUCAACCUCUAUUGCAUGCAGAGAAGGUGGAAGAGCACACUACAAAUGCAGUUUUCAUCUGAAAACUCCACAAGUAUGAUGUUGAAGAUGCUUCAUUGCACUUGGAUGGAAGUAUGAAGACUUGAUUCAGUAUGAUGAUGUUAAUUUAUUGUAUAAAGACUUGUAAUGUUAUGCUAGUUUUAUAAUUUUUAUUGUGUAAUACUAUAACAUUAAUGUGUACUUGGAUAUUUCUUGGAUGUUUU